AUGAGGUCCGCAAUCUUUUAUGCCCUGCUUGCCUCUUCUGCAGCUCAGGGUGCCGUUCUGAACCGAGAUGCAGAUGGCAAUCUAGCACGACGUGACGACUUCUUGGAUCAACUAGGACAACUCCUCGGUAUUGGAAAUGGGGGUGCCGCCGUAACUACGAUUACCACCACUGUCAUCCCCGGAGCUACUCAAGUGGUCGAGAACCCGAUCCCAACAGCAGUCACAGAUUUGCCCCCAGCUCCUCCUCCAGUCAUCCCGGCGACAACGAAUCCUGAUGGUAAUGGAGUGGGUGUCACCGUGAUUCCAGCAACGACAAAUGCCAACGGCAACGGCGUUGGUGUCACCACGAUUCCAAUCCCCUCGUCUUUACUGCCGACAACAACGUUUGUUCUGGAACCUCCGCCAGCUGCAUCGCAACCCCCUCCAGCAGCACCUCCUCCUCCUCCCCCGGCAAAUACUGCUACGGACGUCCCUCCAGCGGUGACUGUCCCUCCAGCAGCACCCCCGCCACCUCCUCCAGCAAGCUCUGUUUCUGGAGUUCCGCCGGCCGAGACCGUUCCGCCGCCUCCAGCAACAACUGCUCCUGGAGUUCCGCCGGUUGAGACUGUCCCUCCACCUCCGCCUCCGCCGCCUCCAGCGACCACGGCUCCUCCUUCUGCCAGCACUUCACCGGCCGAUCUUCCUCCUCCUCCGGCUACGAGCGCUGCUGCUCCACCACCACCACCCCCUCCUCCGCCUCCGCCUGCGGAAAGCUCUACAACAGCUUCACCACCUCCUCCCGCUACCACAGAUAUGCCUCCGUCUUCGUCUUCGUCGUCUUCUUCUUCUUCUUCUUCUUCCACUACCACGGAUACAGCGAAUGUGACGCCUUCUCCCAUUUUCAGCACGCUGCCCUUGUCAAGCUCGGCAGCAGGCGCUUCCUCGGCAGCUUCGUCAACCUCCGCUGAGGCCUCGAGCACAAGUGAAGCUGCUGCAUCAUCAGCUACAUCGACAUCUGCGGCCGCAGCGACGACCUCUCAGGCCUCAUCAGCAUCGACAAGCGCCUCGUCCACAGAUUCUUCGUCAUCUGCUGCCUCAACACCUGUUACGGUCUCUAGUUCCGUUAUCAAGCCCCCUACGAGCACAACCGUUAGCAAGUCAACGUCAACGACAUCAUCAGCUACAACUUCAAAGAAUUCAACGACUUCAACAAGUGCAGUUGCUUCCGAGACGACAGCCAGCCCCGCGAGCUUAUCUGCCCCUGAAACUUCGGCUGCCCCUGCGAGCUCACCUGCUCCCGAGACUUCAGCUACGCCUGUAGCCGCGCCUACUACCGUUGUCCCCGCUGCGCCAGCCAACACUCUCGUCCUCGGAAACCUUGCUACCAACGCUCCCGCGGCAGAUGGGCAGCCGGUUCCCCCCGUGUUCCCUAUCGCAGCACCGACCGCACCUGCAGCUUUCUCUGCGCCGCCUCCCGAUCUUCAGGGAUAUGAGCUCAGCAGCGCGUUGAACUUGGGUGCUUUGGUGGCCAUCCAAACAGUGGGAACACCAUCAGUGGCAGCUGCCGCAGCGCCCACGCUGAUCAUUGGACAGUGA